AGUGUAGCCGGCGCGCGCGCAUCCCGCUCAACGAACUGCGUUCCAAAAAUAACGACAGUCGGCCCGGCCGCGUUCCCAUGCCAUGUUCCCCGCGUGAAACAUUAAAAAAAAAAUCGAAAUUCUUUCAAAAAUUUAUCGACUAGUAUUUUAAUCAUCGAUAUCGCAUGUGCAGUGCAAUUUUGGGUACUCCACGUCAUACUGAUGCUGCGAUGUCACCUACCGCCAUCGGCGGCGAGUUACCCCAAUGGUGUGGCAAGACUGAGGGCUGCCCUCAAGCUCUGCUAGGCUGGCUCUAUUUGACCCACGAUCAAAACGAUCAGUGGGUGCCCGGUUCAGUAUGGGGUCCACUGCCGACCGCAGCGCCGGGCUCCACGCACCAGGCAGACGACACCAGCUCGCUGGCGGAGCAACUUUCGGCACUCUCCCUUCGCCGUCCACCUCGGCCCCCGCCCCCGGCGUACAUGUGCCAUUUGUGCUUCAAGAAAGGACAUUACAUUGGAGACUGUCCACAGGCCCGACCGAAAGGCGAGGGUUUGACACCGUACCAAGGCAAGAAGCGUUGCUUCGGCGAGUACAAGUGCCCAAAGUGCAAGCGCAAGUGGAUGAGCGGUAACUCCUGGGCCAAUAACGGCCAGGAGUGCAUUAAGUGUCGCAUCAACGUAUUCCCUCAUAAACAGAGACCACUCGAAAAACCCGAUGGCUUGGAUGUCAGCGAUCAGUCAAAGAUCCAUCCUCAACACCUUUGCCAGAAAUGUCGCUCUCUAGGAUAUUACUGCCGACGUGAAUAUUAACUUUUUUUUUUAUUUUCUUUAUCAAUAUUUUAAUAUGCACCAAAAAAUGGAAUGCCAAAUUGACGUAGAAGCUCUUUUAAAAGCACUUAGAAGAUUACGUAAACAUUUUAUUAUUUUAAGACUAUUUUUUUAAUAUAAUUUGUUUAAAAAAUGUUUUAUCUUA